AUGACGACGACUGCCGAAGCGGUUGUGGAGAGCGGCAAGCGCAAGGCCGAGGAUGACCCAUCAUCGCCCUCGGCAGCAAAGCGCGUAAAGCACGAUGACGAUGCGACCGAAGAACCGGAGAAGAAGAAGCCGGAAGUGCGACGAGUACCAUUUCCAGAAAAGCCCGCAGUGAUUGAAGAGCGCGAAGGCGAGAUUGAAUUCCGGGUGGUGAACAACGACGGCGACCGCGAAUCGCACAUCAUCAUGACGGGGCUCAAAUGCAUCUUCCAGAAGCAGCUCCCCAAGAUGCCCAAGGACUACAUCGCGCGGCUCGUGUACGACCGGACGCACCUGUCGAUCGCCAUCGUCAAGAAGCCGCUCGAGGUGGUCGGGGGCAUCACGUACCGGCCCUUCAAGGGGCGGCAGUUCGCCGAGAUCGUCUUCUGCGCCAUCAGCUCGGACCAGCAGGUCAAGGGCUACGGCGCGCACCUGAUGUCGCACCUGAAGGACUACGUCAAGGCGACGAGCGACGUGAUGCACUUCCUGACAUACGCGGACAACUACGCCAUCGGCUACUUCAAGAAGCAGGGCUUCACCAAGGAGAUCACGCUGGACCGACGCGUGUGGAUGGGCUACAUCAAGGACUACGAGGGCGGCACCAUCAUGCAGUGCUCCAUGCUCCCCCGCAUCCGCUACCUGGAGAUGGGUCGCAUGCUCCUGAAGCAGAAGGAAUGCAUCCAGGCCAAGAUCCGCGCCUAUUCCAAAUCACACCUCAUCCACCCCCCACCAAAGGAGUGGAAAGGUCUCGGCAGCGGCAACGGCGGCAACGGCAGCACCGACAAGGACAAGGACAGCAACAAGACGCCCCUCCCGACGAUCAACCCACUCGACGUCCCCGCCAUCAGGGCAUCCGGCUGGUCCCCGGACAUGGACGAGCUGGCCCGGCAGCCCCGCCACGGCCCCAACUACAACCAGCUCCUCCACCUGCUCAACGACCUGCAGAACCACAACGCCGCAUGGCCCUUCCUCGUCCCCGUCAACCGCGACGAGGUGGCCGACUACUACGACGUCAUCAAGGAGCCCAUGGACCUCAGUACCAUGGAGUCCAAGCUCGAGGCAGACCAGUACUCCACCCCCGAGGACUUCAUCCACGACGCCAAGCUCGUCUUCAACAACUGCCGCAAGUACAACAACGAGACCACCCCCUAUGCCAAUCUGCACACGCUGGCCGGCCCGGCGAUGAGCCUCAUACCGAGGAACCUCCUCUCAGAGGAGCUCCCCUCGCUUCGGGCCGGUCGUCCGUGGGGGCGCCAGGGGGGGAGGCGUGAUGGGCCCACCCUGCCCGGGGCGUGGCGCGGUCCUGUCGUCGAGGGAGAGUGUGUUCCGGAGCAGGGUGAGGGCUGA